UACAAAAACCAAUUGAUACAUUCGUCGUUGUCGUCUUCAUCAUUUCUUUGUAUCAUUAUAAAAUGGAUAAUCUAUAUAAUCAGCUUUCAAGUGGUUCAUCGAACGUUUGGAACAUAGUUCAACAAUGGCGUCAACUUUGGGAGCAGUCAAAGCGCAGUGGAUCCCUAUCUAUUCUACAGCUGUGCAUCGAUAUGUCGGGAUUCAGCUACACUUUGAAUGAAGAAGAUUUAGUGUUGUUGGAUGGAAACAUAAAUGCGCUACUAGAGGACAACAUUUUCCGAGCGCAUUUCGAUUGUAAAAAAUUCAUACGAGAUGGGAUAUUCAUUUCGAACUUUCAAGAUUUCUUACAAAAUCUCAUCGUUCGCCCGUGGCAGGAGAUACUCGCCGGGAAUGAAUGGCUGAACAAGACGGUAAGACUGCUUGUGGCAUUUUGUAGUAGCGACCGGGACGAAUGCAUCAUGGCUGGGGCGUACUUUGCCUCCAUCAUGUUACUAAACCUUUGCAAAGUACAGCACGAUAUCAAACAAACCCUAGAGAGACCAUCCCUGUUCCGUAAUGCUGAGGAGCAAGUACAGUUGAAGAAAAUAUGCAAAACUGGUGAUAAUAUUUGCUUGGUUCUACUCGAGAGUGUGAAACCCGGAUUCGCAUUUGUCGAGAUAUUGAUACCGCUAACGGAUCACAUUUGCAAGAUGCUGACGUCUUAUCCUUCUCUGUUGAUAAAAGAGUAUAAACAACUUGAGUUAUUAGACGAGAUACUAUCGCUAAAAAGCCAGAAAACCACGCAUACAGUUUUGAAAUAUCUUAAAAGCCACUUUAUCGACACCACAACCUCCACAAUCACCCGAGAUGUUGGCAGAUACAUUCUGAGCAGAGAGAGUGUUUUAAUUUGCAUCAUGGGCUCAUUGAAAUCGACCGAAUCCGUCGUGCUGCAACUGUUAUACCACGCAUGCAGAGUUACCGAAAGCACACUAAGCGAUCAGGCUAGCAAAAGAAUCGCGUUGAGUAUGUUUAGUACCAAUGAGACUGCGAUGAAUGCAGCUAUAGACCUGUUCGAAGCACGCUUUGUCGAAAACGUACAGGCGAGGAAUGUAGAAGACAAUAUAAUUAUGUCAGUAGUCGAAGCUUACGGCCAAUAUGAAUACCCUCUAACGGCUCUGCAGUCUUUAAUCGAAAAAAUAUGGCAGAAGCGAUUCUUUCAGCAGUUUGACGAUCUCUUUCUGCUUCUAAAGGAAGUCCUCCCGCUGGAGGACGGCAACCGCUUUGGUGCCAAGACCAUCGCGUAUAUGAUAACAUUCUGUCAUCAGUUGCUGAUGGCAGACAUUAAGGCAGGAAUAACCCCACCACAGAAUGAGCCAGCCCCGGUCAACUGGAGUACUAUACGAAUGAGGCUGGACAGUUUUGUGUCCUUCUACCCAGAGUGUUUGACCGUAGUGUUUGAGGACCAGAACGUGUUCAAAAUAUUACUGACUUGUCUCAAUCCUGAGGAUAAGGAAUUGUACAGCGUAGCCGGUGUAAAUUGCGAGCAAUAUUAUAUUAAAGUUCUGUACAACACCCUUUCACCAGUUGCAUCGAAAGCCACAGACUAUACUACGCUGCUUGGAACGUUAACCGCCAUUUACCGAUUCGAUACGAUCGUUCAUGUUUCGGAGGACAUUUGGGGUGAACUUACAAAACGCUUUUAUACGGUAUUCUUUCACACACGUAGCCGAUUGAGACGAUACAAUGUGGGUAUCGAUAAAAAGUUAAUGGAAGAUUACACCGCGUCCAUAACUCAGUUGUGCGUCUUGUUGGAAAUUAACAACAGCUCCUACGAUGUGUUCACACUAGCCGAAUAUCUAGCGAAAGAUUUGCGGCUGCUGAAGAAAAUGAAUCUCAGUGAGAACGCAAACGCAAUAUUUUAUCGACUGUAUAAAAAUACACUCUUCGCGCAGGUUGCGAGUUUGCUGCAAAAUCAUAACUACCAGUUUUGCGAAAACGGUUCCGAUCGGUUUGGCAAACAGGUACAAGCGUUCAUUAUUGAUCUUUGUGCCCAGCUGGAUGCUAAUGGAGACGACGUUGCAUUCGAUGUCAGCAAACAUAUCGUGAGUACAGUUUGCGAUAUGCUUUUGUUAACUGAACCGUUCGGGCAAAACCCCGUAUUGAAAAAGAUACUACCAACGGAGUUUACGGUGGAGCAGGAGUUGCUGGAGAAAUUGGCAAAAUAUGCAGAACAAACCAUUUUUAGUGCAACCUCAGAUGUGGACACAUCUUUACUAUCAGAGAAGAAACUAUUGCUUACUUCUUUCAAUAAACUGUACAGUAAGCAUUCGUCAUUGCCUCGCCUUACCGACACCCGGCACAUUGUAAAGCAUUAUGGAGUGAACACCCUAUUCUCAAUAGAAUUGGAAGCUUUGCUGAACAUAGUAUAUUCUAAAAGUCCAGAGGCAUUCCAUGAAAUCGUCACCAGUGUUUUCUUCGAGUAUAUUCUGAAAAAGGGAUGCUAUUUUAAAGCAAAGGUAUUUUUAAACCACAUACAAACAUUUCAUGGUGGACACUUGGGAGGCAUAGUAGAAAUGGAUGAAUAUUGUUUUAAUGUAGCCCGAAGCAUCGGGGAUAGAGUAUUCGAACAAUAUUUCAGUGCUGAGGCGCACGAAAACAAAAUGAUCUCCAAAAUAUUCACGUUGCUUAAACCCUGGGUGGAAAAACUGUCCAAAGAAACUCGAACGAAAUUGAGACAGCUGUUUCGUAACCAUCCAUGUUACAUUUCUGAAGCCGGUUCAAAAAGUGGAGUCGUAACAAUGACAAAGAAAUUUUUGCAAUCUCUCAAAGCAUAGUUCUUUGUACCUAUUUUUUGCAUUUGAUUUAUGUUAUGUACUUUUUCUCUUUUUCUAAUUAUUAUAAAUUUGGGAAAUUAACUGCUUAGAAGUCGGUUUUAGAAUUUUCUGUUUUAUAAAAAAGAACUGUUUAUAUAAACAUACCCAUUUAUAUUCUCAACUAUACAAUGUGCCAUGGUUCGUUAUUAACCAAGUUCCAAGAAUUAUUUGAAUAAAACUAGACAAAACGGUAAAUAUUCA